CGGGCCCAAUCGUGCACAGUAUCACGCACUCAUGAUGGGUCUUCCUGUCAUUGCGCAUUCGGCCGCGUACACGAAUGAAGAGUACCAAUCGACACAUCUAAACCUCUUUAAAAAUUCAAUUACCACUCCCCUUAAGCCCGUCUUACCUCCUGGGGUGACGCAAUAUGCCUUCGAUGCUGCUAUUCUUCGGUACAUGGCUGCCGUUGGCCACGAGCAAGUGCUGAAAGGGAAUGCGCUCUCCGAGUACAUCGACCCAUACGAGCUAUGGGAAUCCGAAGGAAAGCGCAGAAUGCCGAGUGCUGCAGUACGACCGAAGACUGUUGAGGAGUUGCGAAAAGUAUUGGAGAUUUCCAACGAGUAUAGUAUUCCUGUGUGGACCUUCUCUAGAGGCAAAAACCUCGGCUACGGAGGUCCAGCUCCUCGCGUCAACGGUUCAAUAGCCCUCGACUUGCACCGAAUGAACAGGAUACUCGAAGUCAACGGCGAUUACUCAUAUGCCGUCGUUGAACCCGGAGUGACAUUCACCGAACUGUACGAGUAUUGCGUGAAACACAAACUGAAAGUCUGGCCUUCUGUCCCCUCUCUAGGCUGGGGCUCUGUAGUUGGUAAUACAGUCGAUCGAGGUACAGGCUUUACUCCCACGGCGACACAUCAUCAGCAUAUCUGCGGAUUGGAAGCCAUGCUGGCGAGUGGGGAAUUGGUCCGAACAGGGCAAUUUGCCGUGUCUGGCUCUCCGUCUUCGCAUCUCUCGAAGUUUACCUUCGGUCCUAGCAUCGAAGGGCUUUUUCUACAAUCGAACCUCGGUAUAGUGACUAAACUAGGUAUAUGGCUCACUCCCGCCCCACAAGCCUUCCUCUCUUGCUCGUUCGACAUGCCCGAUUUCGAUGAUGUGGAGACGAUUGUUGAUGUCUUUGGGCCGUUGCGACGCGAUGGACUUCUGCCCAAUACUGUGUAUGUAUCCAACCUUGUGGAAUGGCUUGGUAUGAUGGGAAAGCGCGAAGAGUUGUGGCCAGAAUCCGGACCCAUUCCCCAAUGGCGACUCAAGGAGCUUCAGAAACAACUUGACAUCGGUUACUGGAACGCCAAAUUCGGGCUUUAUGGCCAACGCGACGUGAUCCAAGCUCACUUCGACGAGCUGAAAAAAAUCGUAGGACAGAAGGCCCCGAAGGGUCGAUUGAGAGGGCAAAUGUUCUCAGCUGCAGAUGGUGAGAUUCUAGACGCAGAAUCUAUACCUGAGCCUCACGGCGGAUUUUUCGUGGGCGUUCCCAGUCUCUGGAGUCUGCCAAUGGUGAAGUUCAGGCUACCGAAGGAUGGUGGCGGCAUUGGGGCUCACUACGAUUAUAGCCCAAUCAUUCCAUCGAGUGGGAAGACUGUGCUAGAAUGGGUUCGGACUGCGAAAAAAAUAUGUGAAGCGGAAUCCUUUGACCUCUUUUGCGACUUCUUCAUGCACGAACGCCACGUCAUUUUCGUUAAUAUGAUGACAUUUGACAAGACCAACAAAGAACAUCGCCAGGCUGUAGAGACGAUAUUUCACAGCUUAUUUGCAGAGGGCAAGAAACGCGGGUUUAGCAAGUAUAGGAGCCAUGUCAAUACCAUGGAUCUUGUAGCAUCCCUCUAUGACUUCAACGACUACGCAUAUAGGCGCUUUGUUGAGAAGAUCAAGGACGCUCUCGAUCCGAACGGCAUUCUCUCCCCAGGAAAGCAGGGCAUUUGGCCGCGCCGCUUUCGCGAGAACGAGAAACUAAAGGCGCAUCUCUGA